AUGACCGACGCCGAGCCCGCUCUCAGAGCCACUCUGGUGAUACCUAUCGAGGUCGGAACGCUCUUUCAGAGCAAGGAGAGGGCCGUUCUGGCCACGAACCUGCUCUCCGCUCAGUCUCCGACGGGUGCCGGCACCAGGUGGCGAUCCGGGCCCACCCAGCUUGCAGCCACCUGCACCGAGAGGUUCCGGCGCACCAAGGGCCUGGACAAGGCCGCCGUCAACGCCCUGACGGACUUGUGCCCCUUCGAGGUCCGUUUCUAUAGAAAGAACGCCGAGGUUCCGUACCGCUGCACCUAUCUCGUACGACGUCAUACCUGCACCACGACAGAACAGACCGCCCGCCAUGGUCUCUCGCGCGCUAAGAUGAUGAGAGAGCUCGCCACCGCUGUCGCCGACCCCGCCCAGAGCUCCGUACGCCCUAAGGAGCUCACCCAGGCCAUUGAGAGCCAUUUCGGCCAUUUCAAACCUCGCUACCACGCCAGUUGGAAGUGUACGACCGCUAUGAGCGAGGGCCGCAAGGAGGACCACAAUACGCAACGCCAGCAGUUGCCUGCCUACCUAGAGAGUCUCCGACAGGCAGAUCCUGCAGCUAAGAUCGAGCACAACGGCAACGGCAAUGUCUUUAUCAGCCCCUCCACUUCGCCACGAGUUGCAGCCCUGUGUAAACCUAUCGUGGCCAUCGAUGCCUGUCAUUCUAAGGGCCCGCACGAGUUCGUAUUGCAGCUGGCUGUCUGCCAGGACGGCAACGCGCACCUCUGCAUCAUUGCCUGGGGUGUAACUCGAGCAGAAAAUUACCUAGACCCCCUCCCCCGUGACCGCUGGGCCCGCGCUUGGGCUCCAGCGAGGUUUGGCAUGACAACCUCCAACGCCGUCGAGCAGUGCAACGCCUGGCUGGACGGUUUACGCGACAAACCCAUCGUUACGCUCUUCCACAGCCUGCGCGACAAGGUUAUAGAGCACGCUGUCAAGAAUAAACGCUCUGCCGACCAGCAUCAGGGCCCUCUUACCCCUCGGGCGUACGAGCUCUUCAGUGAUCAGCUCACCCUGGCCCGUGAGCGUGUUCGCUACACUCUGCUGUUGAUGAGAGGGCCCCACAUGCAUGGCAAGGUGGGCUCGCCAGGCCGUACAUGGUCUGAGAGGAUCGUGACGGUCUGGCAGGAACCUGGUGGCCAGGUGAUGUGCCAGUGCAACUGCGGUUUUCAGGCUGAAUACCUGAUCGUGUGCCGCCAUGGCCUGGCUCUUCUCAUGAAGGCCAGCGUCACGGUGGACGCCGAGCAGUGCGUUGCACCGUUUUGGACCACCAAGGGCUGGAGAGCGGUCUACGAGGUGUUUACACCCCUCCACGCGCUCUCCGGUGAGCUAGAGGCUGAUCCUAAGCAACGGCUGCCUCGCCUGCGUGGUUCCGGUGCAGGGGCACGUAAAAAGAAGCGUGCUAAGCAAGGACAGCGCAUGACAGCGUCCUCGCAGACGUUUAGAGCCCAGAACUAG